CGAGUUAGAGGAAUAAUUGUUACAUGGGAUAAUCCUAAUAAUGCCUAGCCUAAUGCCUUUACUUUGAAUAUUUUUACACUGGCCUGGUCACCUUUUCUUCUUCUGAAAAUUUAAAUAUAAUGGGUUCUUACGGCUACGGAGCCCAUUUUAUUGUUCGCAGUGGCUUUAAAGGAUAUUCUGUUUCUAAGGUUGGCAUAGUACGACCUUCCAUUUUUUUGGUCAGAGCUGAAAAGAUGCUUAUUGAUCUUAAUGCGCUAAACUGCUCUUCUUUGUUCUGUAAAAUGACAAAAAUUUCCAUAAAAUCAAUAUGAGGUAUAGUUUAGGGCAUACGGCUACUGUAUAUAAAAUACGACUUUCGACACAAUUAAGAAUUUCAAAAUAUAUUUAAAAAACUAGUUUUUGCAUUAUCAUUAUGCGUUUAUCAAUAUUAUGUGAAAUGUAGCAAUAAUUUUUUUUGUUUUUUUGUUGCAUUUACGCCAUUGGUCGAUGGCCCCAAGUAGGAAACAUAUAUAAAAUAGCCUACUUUUAACCAUUUUAACACCCUUUUUGAACGAGACCCAUAAAUAAAAUUGUGUAAGCCUAAAUUUUACACUUACUUGAGUGGUUUGUGUAAGUAACCUUAGUAGGUAAGAAACAGUUGCUCCAACCCCAACUUUAUAGAAAUGGAGAAUUGAAGCCUAAAAAUUGGAUUAUUGAUGAAAGGGGAGAGUUUAAAAAAUAAUAAAAAUAAAAACGCAUACAUGUGUCGUGAAAUUAAAAUUGCCUAGUAGGCCAAAUUAUUAUGGCCGGUGAUGGAUUUUGGGACCCCACCCCGUUACUUUGAACUAUUAUGGCAUGUUAGAUCUACCCAUACAAUUUUUAAGUGUAGAGUGAUAACUAAUAUAUUCCAAAAUAUUAUUUUUGUCUCAUUUUGCGUUAUAUAGUAUAUUUAAGUCUUAAUUUAAGGUAGUCCCAAUAAAAGUCCCAUACACUCAGUUGUUGCCCUUUUUAUUGUUUCCGGUUUUGUAUCAUUGAAAUAUCCCCAAUGCCAAUGGCUUGUCUUUUAGUAAGAGUAUAGACUAUAGACCUUAUUAAACAUGAUUUGUUGCUGAGACUUAAUUAAUUUGAAAGCUAUUUAAAGCACAGUUACGUUUAGGAAUUUAAUGCUUGGUCUCCCUAUAAUAAAAAAUACAAUGGCAGCUGCUGCCACUAAAACAGUCGUCGUAAGUUUAUUAUUUUAUGGCAUUCGAUUAUUUAUUUUUCAAAUUAAACUUAAAUAAUUCAUGGUCAUGUACUACUCAUAAUUAUUAAUUAUCACUCUUUUAUUUUUUAGCCUCUGUUCUUUGUUAAAGUAAAGUUAAGUGUUUACACGACUCACUGGGGAGUUUAGUCUCAAUUUAAAGUUAACUUAUAAAUAUGUAUUAUUUAAAGUAUAAGAAUAAGUGUAUAAGUCAGUUAGAGUCAGAGAGUGUAAGUAAAGUAAGGAAUUUUUAUUUAAAUUUUAAAUUAAAAUUUAUGCCGUGUACUUAUUAUUAUUCUUAUUACUACUUGUAUCUUAUUUUAGUGUUGUGAAAUAAAUUUGACUUGUUCAUUGACUUUGACAUUAAUUUUAAUCAUUAAUAAAUUGUGGGUCAUCUGCUGAUUAUUAUUCAUAUUAUUUCUGGAUGACCACUCAAACUCAAAGUCAAAGGAGCAAAGAGGAUCACAAAAUAAUAUAUAUUUGUUAAAUUUUAAUGACUGGAUAAAUCAUUACUAACACUACUAUAAAAAGUAAAUCACAAGAAUAUUCUCAAUGAAUAUUAGAUUGAGAAGCAUAUUAAUUAGCAUAUUAUUAUUAUUACUAAACAACAGUACCUGUACUAAAAUAAGUAAAGCAAUCAAUUACCAAUAUCAACUUCAUAUUUCUCUUAAUUCUAAAACCUCACAUUUUGAUAUGUCUGACUUUUAAUGUCCAUAACAUUUCAUUGUUUUACAGAAAGCGGUGAGACCUCAUGUACCACUGAUAAAAUUCCCAUCUAGAGGUUCUACAGUUAAAAAUCCUGUUGAUGCUGUUAGUACCUCUGCAGGUAAAUAAUUUUAAUAUAAAAUUGACAAAGUUAUUAUUUCAAAAACCUUCAAAGAUGUUAAAUUGUGUAGUUACUUUAUACUUGGAGAGUAGUAGUUAUUUUUAAUUGUCUUAUAUUUGCAUUUUCAAAUCAGCACAAAGUGGCUGCAAUGUCUGUAAAAAUGGUUUAAAGAUGUCAAGAGAGAAUUUUUUUAGUACUUUUGUAGCUGAAUUUUAUUGGUGUCUGAAUCUAGGUAUUUAAGGCAAUUAUAAAAUUAAAAUGAUAAUCCCUCCACAUCUCGUCAUUUACAAGCAAUAAGUUAUGUGGAAAAUCUAUUAUUGCAAAUUUAAAACUUUAAAAAAAAAAUAUAUAUAUUUUUUUUUUAUUUGUGGGAUUCUACGCUAAAUAUUAUCUUAUAAACCUUGGUGUAAAAGAUAAAAUCAUUUUUUCAAUUUAAAAUUUACAGAUCCUAGGUGUAGCUGGUCUCAUACUAGUUCAUUAUCAAAUAAAUUAUUUGCAUAUUAAUGUUAAAAUGUAAUCCAUUUAAUCAGGUAAAGUGGAGUUGACUGCAUCUGGCACCAAAAAAACAACCACAGUUACAAGACAAACGAUAGAUUCAUCCCAACUUCCAUUGAAAUAUCGUAGAAAACCUUUAACAAAUGAAGAAAUUGAAAUUAUUGAGGUAAGAAUUUUUCUGAAAUUUUGUUUUAAAAGUAAAUUAUUACUUUAAAAGUAUGCAUGCAAGAAUAUUUUUCAGAGUUUAGUUUUUUCAAUAAUAGGUGAAAUUACUUAUACUUCCAGCUUCUGUGCAAGUUGGCUUAAAAUUGACAUAACAUACAAUUUUUAUGUAUUAAAUUUGCCUUCAGUUAAAUCAACUAAAUGUAUUUUUUUUAUUGCAGAAAGGUGGACGUUUAUGAUCUUUCGGCAAGAUGGCAUAGAACAUGAUAACAUAAAUGAAAUUUGUUAACAUUUGAAUGGGGUGCAUCUGAUUGACUCAUACAGAAGAGUGAUAUAAUUGUGCGAUUGCGGGGCCGAUUGUGAUGUAAAUAAAUUAUGUGUCACUGCAGCUUAUCAUGCUUUUGAUUUAACUUUUAUUUUUGUGAUAUUAUUUUAAAGAUUUACAUUUCAGUUAAUUGUUUAAUAACAUGUUAAGAAAAAAUUAAUGAGUUUAUUAUGAUCUGAAUUACUAUUUUAUUUUCCAGUAGUUUGGAUUUAUUAAAAACAGUCUGCACAUGAUUAUCUGAUUGUAUCUCAAUAAAAAAUUAGAAUUUGAUUUUAAAGAAAUCUGUCUUGCAAAUAAUUUUAUUUAAACAAAUGACAUUUAAAAAAUAUAACAACAAUUUACUCAUAUUAUUAUUUCAUGUCAAAUUCUGUUAUAAAACAUAGGAGUAGGAGUACAAUGUCAUAAUAUAUCAGGGUCAGACUUAACAGAUAGAUCAUGCAUCUGAAUAAAGGAACACAUAAAAUGUAUUAGGAAUAUGCGAAUAGCACGUGACCAGAAAGCCUAAUUUAAUACAAAAAGGUUGGUGUUUCAACAAUUAUUGAAGUUUUCAAAAAGCAAAUUAUAUUUUGUUAAGAGUAUUGUCAAUAUAUUGUAUGGUACCUAACCCUGACUUUGCUUUGUCCUUACUUUUACUAAUUAUUAAUUAUAAAAAAGGUACCGGUAAGAGUGAUACAGAAACUCAUCUUAAACUUUAGAAAAAUAGUAAUUACACCUAAAAUAAGUUAAUAAAAAUAUCGUACAUAAUUCUCUAUGUAACAAUGUCACUAACAUUACCAGAUGGCGCAGAUUUCAUUAAAUAAAUUCCUGAAAACUGCUAAUUGAGAUUCUCAAAAAUACAGCAAGUGCUAAGUAUUUUAUAAAACAGAAAAUAUACUAGCUUAAUAUAUGCAGUAUAAAAAGUAUUAAUAUAGUUCAGGGGCAUGUAAAAAUGGUGCAGUUGCAAACUUUGGGGAGGGGGACCAGCACUAACUGGGUUUCUUAUAAAGUGUGUUACCCCACUCGAAUGCAUGUUUUGUCAAGUAAUUUUGGUAGAUGGGAAGUUCAUGCAUUCCAGUAGGAUCAUAAUUAUCUGCUUAUCUCUUUUAUUUUAAAUCCUAUAUUAUACUAGAUUCAGAACUUAAUUAAUUACAAAUUUGUUAUAGAAACAUUAGCAAAGAGUUUCCCCUUUAAUAAAUUUUUAAAUAUAUACUAUGUUACAUAUUUAAUUUUAUGUAUACUAUGCACACAAGACACAACAGUAAUUAACAGUUUACUAUUACAGUCGGGUACAAUAUAAAUACAUAUAUUCAUAUUAAUACAAAGCAUAUUCUACAGUAAUAGAAGGCUGCAACCAGUUGAAUAUGUUUCAAAAUAAUUCACCGUCUAUUCUCCAAUUUCUCAUAUCUGGACCUACUGCAGCAGAUCAACAAGGUGUUCCACGAGUGGAUACAAAUGAAUGAAGGAGUUAACAGCAAAUGCAGACAAACUUGCUAAAAAUAAAAAUCAACAUAAAAGUGGGCUGAAAAUUGUUAGAGCAAAAAAAAUGGAUAGGAAACUAGGACCUAACUGCAAGAUAGAUAAUCAAGUUCUUGGCUUGGUGGUGACAAACUGGCAAGAAAACUUACAUAAAUUAUCAAACCAAGAAGAAAACUAAUACAAAUACACUGUAAG